UUGUGUUUAUGUAAUUUUCUUUCUACAUUCUUUACAGACACAGGAAAGAGAAGCCAAGGCAGAGAUGAGACGUAAGGCCAAGGAGCUUCAGCAGGCCAGAAGGGAUGCAGAGCGGCAGGGAAAGAAGGCCCCUGGAUUUGGCGGAUUUGGAAGUUCAGGUGGCUCCUCCAUGUCUAACAAUGCAGUGUCGCUGAUUUCAGAGACUAUUAUUGAACCAGAGAAAACAAAGAGUGCUCCUGUUCCAUCAAGGCCUUCUGGUUCUGGCAAAGCCCUGAAACUUGGAGCAAAAGGAAAGGAGGUGGAUCAUUUUGUGGACAAACUGAAAUCUGAAGGAGAAACUAUCGUCACCCCUUCAUCUGGCAAGAGACCGUCAGAAGUGGCCAAAGUGCUUGCUCCCCCUGUGAACAUGGAGAGUGUUCACUUAAGAGUUGAAGAAAAAAUCUCCCUUACCUGCAGUCGUGAUGGAGGCCUUCAGAAUAUGGAGGUCCAUGGACUUAUCAUGCUCAGGGUGUUGGAUGACAAGUUUGGCAGGAUUCGUGUCCACAUUGAUAAUGAAGAUAAAAAAGGAGUACAGCUGCAGACUCAUCCUAAUGUAGACAAAAAACGUUUCACUUUGGAUUCGGUAAUUGGGCUGAAAAACCCGGAAAAAUCCUUCCCCGUGAAUAGUGAUGUGGGCGUCUUGAAGUGGAGACUACAGACCACAGAGGAGUCUUUUAUUCCCCUCACCAUUAACUGUUGGCCAUCAGAAAGUGGGAAUGGCUGUGAUGUUAACAUAGAAUAUGAGCUUCAAGAAGAAAGGCUGGAGCUGAAUGAUGUUGUCAUUACCAUUCCUCUACCUCACAACAGCAUGUUGGGAGUGGCGCUCUUUCUGCAGAUAAUGCUCCCAACCGCUCUGAAGAUACUCCGGCCGCUCUGAAGGUAAUCUUCCAAGACCCUCUGAAGAUAAUCCAGCCGCUCUAAAGAUUAUCGAGCCUAUCUGAAGAUAUUCCAGCUGCUCCUCCCAGGAACUCUGCAGAGAAAUCUUCCAGACGCUCUGCAGAGAAAACUCAGUCCUUCUGAAUAUAAUCUUUCCAGCCGCUCUGAAGAUAAUCCUCCCUACCGCUCAGUAGAUAAUCCUCAAAACUGCUCUGAAGAUAAUCCAGCUGCUCCAAAUAUUAUCCAGCUGCUUUGCAGAUAAUCCUCCCAGCUGCUCUGCAAAUAAUAACACAAAAUGAGGUAUCAAAAGUAUUAACUCACCAAGA